AAUGACAAACAGGAAUUAAAGAACCCAAAGGUAGAGAAGUGAAAGUAAAAUUUUCUGUUGCCUGAAGCCUGGCAUUAGGAUCUGGGAUCUAGACGUUGUGCAGUGUCCAGCUGAAGCAGGCUCUGUUAUCACCGGUAGGCAAGGCAGGCAGGCAGGGCCCGAUCUGUGCCAGGCAAGCAUCAACAGGGCAGCAGGAGGAGGAGAGUGAGGAAAUGCUCUUUCUGGGAUUUGCAAAUCCAUAGAAAUUCAUGGGGAAGCAGCCCUUCGGGCAUGAGUUAGGGGCCACAGUCACUGAGAUUAUAACACUUCUGAAAUUGUUACUUUCCAGGGUUUGGAUCCCAAAGUUUGGAGUCACUGAUUUUCUGCUGCUUACAACACGAAUUUUCAAGUAGUCUGAAAUUCUUCUCAUCAAUUUCCAUGUUUUCAUCUUGAUUGCCCCGUCAGUUAACUUCUACAGGAAACUACAAAUGGCAGCACAUCAAGAGGAAUCAAUCACCAUUGAAGAUGUGACCAUCACAUUCACCCCAGAGGAAUGGGCUCUGCUAGACACAGCACAGAGGACACUGUACAGAGCUGUGAUGCUGGAAACCAUCAGGAACCUGCAAUCCCUGGAGAAAAACAACAGCCCUGAUGCAGAGGGACAGAUAGCCACUGGACCUGUGAAAAGGAAGAAGCCAGACAGCGUCAAGCCCCGGGAAAAUGCUCAGUGUGAGGAGAUACAUUUUGAAGGCAAUCUCUGUAAUAGACCCUUCAAACAUCAGUCAGAAUUAAAACAAAAGACAACUGAAUCUGGAAAUGAACUCUGCCUGUUGGGAACAAACUUCAACCAAUCUGCUAAAUUUUGUCGAAAUCAGGAAAUACACACUGGUAAAAUGCUUUAUAAGUGUCAUCAAUGUAGUAAAAUGUACAAGCAUUUAGGUAGUCUGAAAACUCAUAUGAGAAUGCACACAGGAAAGAAUCCAUAUGAGUGCUCUGUAUGUGGGAAAGCCUUCAAUAGGCAAUAUGAUCUUAGAAGUCAUGAGAGAAUACACACUGGAGAGAGAUUAUAUGAAUGCAGUGUGUGUCAGAAAUCAUUUGCUUAUUGCAAUUACCUUAAAAUUCACAUGAGAACACACACAGGGGAAAAGCCAUAUGAAUGCCAUCUGUGUGGGAAGGUCUUCACUCAAUCAUGUACCCUUACUCGUCAUGAGAGAACACACACAGGAGACAAACCAUAUGGAUGCCAUCUUCUUCGUAAGGGCCUCAUUCCUUUGCCCUCCAAGUUUGUUUUAGCCUUGCAGGUUGCCAGUUGUCUGGUUUUACACACAAGGCUCAGGGUGUGUCUCAACAGAGUCCUGCCUACUGUCAGCCUCCAUGUUAUCUGGGCCUACCUGAGGAAUGUGGCCUUCACUGGGUCGCUCAAAGCUUUCCUCUCCAGGAAGGGAAGUCAAGCAGAGGACGCAUUUGCCCAGAGAGGUGCAGAGCGACAGCCGCUUACUCUGCCUGUGGAACCCGAGUCAGCAACGAUGGGCUUCUGGGAUCCUAAAUCUUGGUACUCUGAAGAAAAAAUCAGAAUGUAA